AGUAGCAACAGAACAGGAGAUGGAUGUGGUCUUGUGAGAGAGGGUGUUGGUAGUGUAAGUGGAAAUGAUGAGGGCAGUGGUUAAUAUGGCUUGUUGUUUAUAUCAAACCCUAUGACUAACACUACUCAAUCAACCACCUGUUUUCGCACAGUAUUCCCCAUAGAAUUACUGGAACAGACAUUCCCAUUCAAGUCAAUGUUCUGUGAUGGGCGGACCAAUUCUAUGGUACUGUAAUGUUGAGGGAGCACACAAGCUUUUUGCUGCACCUUUUUGGACCUGCUGUAAACUGUGUAUGUGACGAAUAAAAAUGGAUUUGAUUUGAUUUGGUAUUCCCUUGGACAGACGCUUGUCCAGCGUGAUCUAACUGAAUACUUACAACCUUAAGGCGUAACUUAACCCUUGUGUUUCAUAGACAGACCUGGAUAGUUUUUUCUUCGUGGGACGAUUAUUUCACUCAGGGAGUAUGGAUUCAGGUUAAUAAAGCAGGAAUCCAUGUUGGGAGGUUUUGUAGAUCUUAGGAACUCAUGUGCAUUUUAAAACAGCCUGGCUUUUUCAUGGUACUCACUUUCAGGUGUUCUUAGACUUCGUGAACAAACACCUUCAUCUAGAAUUGAUGACAACUGCUGUAAAUAGUAUACCUGUCUUAUCAGAUGAUAAUAUUGGUCACUGUACUAUUCAAUCUAUACGUUUCAUUUAUUGAAAUACAUCACCUCCCAACACUGUGAACUAUCAUUCAAGCUUCUACAGCAUGUCCACCUACUGAAAUACAGCAUAUCUUACAAAGACAAUUAUCUUAUAUCUACAUGUGUUAUUCUUAUAGGAAAAUAAUGGCUGAAAAUGUAAAAUGUCAUUCAGUAUGUAAAACUUCACUUUUAAUCUGUGAAUUAUUCACUGUCCUUUGAGAAUCAGUCUUCUUUUUAAUUUCAUAAUGUAAAAUGACAAUGUGGAUCAUUCAACCUUAUAAAUGACCUUGCCAGAGGAAAUAAAAAUGUGACGUACGAAACCCCUAUAGUUGACAAAAAUCUACCUUGCAGUGAGGAGAUAUGAUGUCUUUGUAAGAGCAGGACCCAUGGGCUCUUCUGACUUCCAGAAUCUAGAACCCAGAAUCUAGAACCCAGAAUCUAGAGCUGACUAGAUGAGGCUUGCUGCUUUCCUGUCAGGGAACUACUGCUCAAACAAACCUCUCUCAGCCCAGCAAUAAUAUCAAGCACCUCCUCAUUUGCUCCCCAACCAACCCACCACACUUCACAGAAACUUCCCAAUCCCAUCAGCCCUCCAUGGACCUCACCAGAGGACACCCCCCUCCCCCGCACACAUAAACACACUGUGGUCUAGUCUCCCACAGCCAGAUAUCAACUUACAGCUUUAUCUUCUGUGUUCUUGAAGUCCGUCGACUGGCUGUCUUCUCUUUUUCUUUAUGCUUAAUUUCCAUUUAAGCAGCGGUGCCUACUGAGUUCUCUGCUUCAGCAGGCAGAUAGCAGCACCAUGAAAGAGCUGGAUAGUAACUGGAGUAAUAAUGAGAGGCCAUAGAUCUGGUCUCAAUUUCAUUUAACUCUGCCCGGCAAAUGUUAAAGAUCUGUCCCCCUUUGUGUUGUUUAUUGUUGUGCUCUGCUGUUUUUCAAAUACAAGCUUGAACAAUCCCUCUGUUUACUUCUGUUUUACAGGAAAUGUUGGGUUCAAAACAAGAAUUGUUUUAAACCUGGUAUUGUGAAUGGAGGAAGCUUUGUUUGAGGUUAGGUUAUCCUGACAUCAGUAAAUCAGUUAAACUAAAUGACAUAAAGUAAUUUAUCGAGACAUAUUUUGGCUAGCCCUGCUACUUCUGCCAGCCAGACCAUUGAGAAGAGCAAAUAUGAUGCCCUGCAUGCUGUCCUGUUUCAUCCACCAUUGUUUUACUAUUCCAAUCUCAUGAAGUCAUGUAGCAGGCCUGUAUCUAAAGGGCAAAGAGGAAACAGUCAUUGCCAGAUUAAAGGACAGCUACUGUGACCUCUGAUAUGAUAUAAUGAUUGCAGACAGACAGACAUGUUUUCAUGAAGAUGACAAUGUGUCCACAUCUGUAUGACAAACAGGGAUUCUUGCUGAAGCUGGGUGGUAAUCUACCUUUGGAGCUGAUGUACAAGUAUGGUAAUCUCAGCGAGGGAGUCUGUAAACCUGGCUACGCAGCUGCCAAGAUGACCACCAUCUAUCCAAUGUUCGCUAAACCAGCCCCCAUGUUCCUCGAUCCAAACUUUAGACGAUUCUCCAAGAUCAGCAACUUUUCCCCACCUUUUGGAAUGAAAACGCAAGAAAAGAUCAUAGAUAAUAUUCUGACAGCAACAAAGAGCUAUGGUCUGGGAGAUGAGCUGGACAGUCAGAGUUGUAAGAAGUGCAUCAUCAUGGGAAAUGGUGGUAUUCUGGCCAACAAGUCUAUGGGUGUGAAGAUUGACGAGUACGAUGUGAUUGCAAGGUUGAACGAGGCUCCAGUGUCUGGCUAUGAAAAGGAUGUGGGCUCCAAGACCACCAUGCGUAUCACGUACCCAGAGGGAGCCAUCCAGAAGACUGAACGCUACGAACAGGGCUCCCUCUUCGUCCUCUCUGCCUUCAAAGCUCUCGACUUCAAAUGGCUGCGGUCCAUAAUCUUUAAGGAGAGACUGCAUAGCACAGAAGGGUUCUGGAAGUCUGUGGCCCGUCAUGUCCCCAGGGAGCCCAGUGAGAUGAGGAUCCUCAACCCUUACUUCAUCCAGGAGGCUGCCUUCAGGUUCAUCGGCCUGCCUCACAACAAUGGACAGAUGGGGAGAGGGAAUAUUCCGACACUGGGGACGGUUGCCAUAACAAUGGCCCUCCAUAACUGUGAUGAGGUAGCCGUGGCUGGAUUUGGCUAUGACAUGAGCACCCCUCACGCCCCCCUACACUACUACGAGAAGAUCAGGAUGGCGGCCAUCAAAGAGUCCUGGACUCACAACAUUUCUAAGGAGAAGGAGUUCCUGAUUAAGCUGGUGAAGGCUGGGGUUAUACAGGACUUGACCAAUGGGAUCUGUGGCUCAGGAUGCUGAUGACAACAUCCAGCCAAUCCCAGGUCAGAGAGAGAGAUAGAGGAGAAACACGCAAGCAGCAUUGUGAUGUCCUGCUCUGUUCCCCCCAACCUAACCUGCACCCCUGGCUGAGCCAUACUGUAUUCAGGAAAGAAGGCUGGUGAAGGGUUCUGAAGGGUUUUUCGGUCUGACAGAGGAGAACUGUGGUAAAUGGCAUAAUCCCUGCACUGCACUGGAGAGAUAGAACUACAACAUUCUAGAAUUCUCUAGAAAACCGAGAGCUAGAACUCUCUAGAACACUGAGAGCUACACACUAUUCUGUUUAAGGAUUUGCUGCAGUGUGACAUUACAGUUUGAUGAAAAGAUGGACUGACAAUCUGGACAUAAUGGGUUGUGCCAAGAAUACCUCUGGAGAAGGAUAAAGGACAUGCCUCUACUCAUACUUCUACAGUAUACCUGAAUGUAUUCUGUCACCACGUACGCAUCACUGUUAUAUAUUUAUUUUCAUCUCUUGUAAUGGCAGCAUUCCCCUCUAUCUGGGCUCAGUCGAAUAGGUUUCCAGACAGGUAGCAAAUAAUGCACAUAUAUAUUCUGCUUCUAAUGUAUCGGGAAGUGGACGGAAGGUCCGGUGCUCAUGGUUUAGAAGCCCUCCACACCUUCCUUCCCCCCUUUAAGAUAUGUUUUUAAAUGAUUUACCUUGAGAGAUUACUUUGUUCUCCUCUGUCUUUUUUUAAAUGCAAAGAACAAGAAAAAAAAUGGUGGGUGAGGAGUGACCGAUAAACAUGUUUUAUUCUCAGAGAAGCACUGAGCUUUGUGUCGUCUUCAGUUCAUCAGUGUGCUUCCCAAACACUCAUCUGUCCUGGAUCACGUUUCAGACUGUUACCCUGGUCUUAAUGCUGUUAUAUUUGUCUAUAGGGCUCUGGUCAAACAUUGUGCACUAUAUAGGGAAUAGGGUGCCAUUUGGGAUGCAUACUUUAUUUCAAGUCUGCAUGGCCUGCAAACAUAAUCAGUGUUACUACUUACCACUGUCAGUUGUUGUUUAAACAAUUGAGGUUUAUCUAUUUUAAAUGUCUUGUUGUAUUUCUUUGUUCAUCUUUGCCAAAAAUGGAUUGUAUUUUGUUAAGCAAUAAUAUAUGGUGUCUUAACCAGCGUUCUCUAUUCAGCCAUAUAUUAUCUUAUUUUCUACUCAUAUGCACAAGCCAAAGCACUUGAUAUGUAUUUCUCAUCGCUCAUACACAGCAGUGGAGGCUGCUGAGGGAAACGGCUCAUAGUCAUUGUUUCAACCACAUGGAAACCAUAUGCUUGAUACCAUUCAGUCAUGAUUAUGAGCCGUCCUCCCCUCAGCAGCCUCCACUGAUACACAGUCACUACACUAUGGAUCGUCGUGCAUCAAGAUGGUUUGACAAAUGAAAUAAAGCAGAUUAUAACUCUG